ACUAUUAACUACCAUAUUACCAUCUUCCAUCACUCACCUUUAUCUACAGUCACUAUUAACUACCAUAUCACCAUCUUCCAUCACUCACCUUUAUCUACAGUCACUAUUAACUACCAUAUUACCAUCUUCAAUCACUCACCUUAUCUACAAUCACUAUUAACUACCAUAUCACCAUCUUCCAUCACUCACCUUAUCUACAUCACUAUUAACUACCAUAUCACCAUCUUCCAUCACUCACCUUUAUCUACAGUCACUAUUAACUUCCAUAUUACCAUCUUCCAUCACUCACCUUUAUCUACAGUCACUAUUAACUACCAUAUUACCAUCUUCCAUCACUCACCUUUAUCUACAGUCACUAUUAACUACCAUAUCACCAUCUUCCAACACUCACCUUUAUCUACAGUCACUAUUAACUACCAUAUCACCAUCUUCCAACACUCACCUUUAUCUACAGUCACUAUUAACUACCAUAUUACCAUCUUCCAUCACUCACCUUUAUCUACAGUCACUAUUAACUACCAUAUCACCAUCUUCCAACACUCACCUUUAUCUACAGUCACUAUUAACUACCAUAUUACCAUCUUCCAUCACUCAACUUAUCUACAGUCACUAUUAACUACCAUAUCAUAUAUUAUGAAAAAAAAGCACAAUGCUCUGCACGUUUCAGCACUUACGUUUGACUUUGUAAUGAGAUUGAGGUGUAGUUUUGAAACAUUUUGUUUGAAGAGGAAAUAA